AUGAACACAGAAGAGCUAGAGUUACUGGGUGACACCAAAUACAGAAACUAUGUAGCUGCUGUUGACAAAGCACUGAAGAACUUUGAAUACUCCAGUGAAUGGGCAGAUUUAAUAUCAGCACUUGGAAAACUUAACAAGGUUUUACAAAAUAAUGCAAAGUACCAAGUUGUACCUAGGAAGCUCACAAUAGGAAAGCGCCUUGCUCAAUGUCUGCAUCCAGCAUUACCUGGGGGAGUUCAUCGGAAGGCCCUGGAAACAUAUGAAAUUAUCUUUAAAAUCAUUGGACCUAAGCGACUUGCCAAAGAUCUUUUUUUAUAUAGUUCUGGAUUAUUUCCUCUUCUUGCAAAUGCUGCCAUGUCUGUGAAACCAACAUUGCUCAGUUUGUAUGAGAUAUAUUACCUUCCUUUGGGUAAAACACUGAAGCCUGGUCUACAAGGAUUGCUAACUGGUAUUCUUCCUGGCUUAGAAGAAGGAUCAGAAUACUAUGAAAGAACAAACACACUAUUGGAAAAGGUCGCUGCUGCAGUGGACCAGUCUGCCUUCUACAGUGCCCUCUGGGGUAGUCUGCUUACCAGUCCUGCAGUGCGUUUACCUGGAAUCACUUAUGUUCUCUCCCAUUUGAACAGGAAGCUUUCCAUGGAAGAUCAACUGUAUAUAAUUGGCAGUGAUAUUGAAUUAAUGGUGGAAGCAGUGAGUACUUCGGUACAGGACUCAAGUGUACUUGUACAGAGAAGCACGCUGGAUCUCAUACUUUUCUGUUUUCCAUUCCACAUGAGUCAGGCCACUAGACCAGAUAUGAUCAGGAUUUUGUCAGCAGCUCUUCAUGUAGUCCUAAGGAGGGACAUGUCCCUAAACCGAAGACUUUACGCUUGGCUCCUUGGUUUUGAUAACAAUGGUGCUAUCAUAGGACCCAGAAGCACAAGACACAGUAAUCCUGAAGAACAUGCCACUUAUUAUUUCACUACCUUUUCAAAAGAAUUGUUGGUCCAGGCAAUGGUGGGGAUCUUACAAGUUAAUGGAUUUGGAGAAGAGAGCACGCUAAUGCAGGACCUAAAACCAUUUCGAAUUUUAAUCAGUUUAUUGGACAAACCUGAACUAGGACCUGUAAUUUUGGAAGAUGUCCUGAUUGAAGUAUUUAGAACAUUAUAUUCCCAGUGCAAAGCAGAACUGGAUCUCCAGAUGGAUCCACCCUUCAGCAAGGAUCAUGCUCAGUUAAGCAGUAAAUUAAGGGAAAAUAAGAAGACAGCAGAGCUGAUUAAAACUGCCAACCUCCUCUUUAACUCCUUUGAGCCUUAUUAUAUGUGGGAUUACGUUGCACGUUGGUUUGAAGAAUGUUGUAGGAGGACAUUGCAUGCCAGACUUCAGAUGGGGCCUGGAGAUGGUAGUGAGUCAUCUGAAUUACAGCUGAUCAAUUUCUGCUUGCUGGUGGAUUUUUUGUUGGAUAUUGUUUCCUUGCCUACUAGAAGCAUGAGAGUGCUGUGUCAGGAGACUUACAUUGAAAUCCAGACAGAACAUUUGCCUCAGUUAUUGCUUAGGAUGCUUUCAGCCCUGACAAGCCAUCUCCAGACAUUGCACUUGUCUGAACUCACAGAUUCUCUCAGGCUCUGUUCAAAGAUCCUUAGCAAGGUGCAGCCUCCACUUCUGUCUGCUGGAGGUGGGAGUGUGUUGCAGUUCCCAAAUGUGCAAAACAGCUCAAUCAAAGAAUGGGAAGACAAAAAGGUAUCAUCAGUUUCUUUGGAAAAUCCUACUGAAGUCUUUGAGGAUGGAGAAAAUCCACCAAGUAGUCAAUCAUCUGAAAGUGGUUUCACCGAGUUUAUCCAAUACCAGGCAGACCGAAAUGAUGACAUUGACAGUGAGGGACAGGGGACAGCUGCCAUCCCAAUUGGUAGCACUUCUUCUGAGACGGAAACAGCAUCCACUGUGGGGUCUGAAGAAACCGUCAUCCAGGCUCCUUCCCUCAUUACUCAGGGAACAGCAACUCGAAGUGGGAAGUCAGCCCAAAAGACGGCAAUGCAGUGUUGCCUCGAGUAUGUCCAGCAGUUUCUAACCAGACUUAUCAACCUCUAUAUCGUUCAGAGUAACUCUUUGUCUCAGCCUUUAGCUGCCGAACAUAUAGGUGAUCUCAGUAGAGGACAGAGGGAGACUUCCAAAUGGGAUAGGGAUUCACAGGGAGAUGUGAAAGAAAGGAGUUUAGGGAAACGAAAGUGUUCUAAAGAAUACCUUUCUGCCUUUGUUGCUGCUUGUCAGCUCUUCUUGGAGUGCUCAAGUUUCCCAGUUUACAUUGCUGAGGGGAACCACACGUCAGAGCUUCAUUCAGAAAAACCCGACACUGACUGUGAACAGGUGCAGCCUCCCCUCUGGCUGCAGACUCUGAUGAGUGCCUGCAGCCACGCCAAUGACUUCAGUGUUCAGAGUGUUGCCAUUUCACUAGUCAUGGACCUAGUGGGAUUGACUCAGUCUGUGGCCAUCGUCACCGGGGAAAAUGUUAACAGCAUGGAACCUGCACAACCCUUAAGUCCAAACCAAGGAAGAGUAGCUGUGGUCAUUAGACCUCCUCUCACUCAAGGCAAUCUGAGGUACAUAGCGGAGAAGACAGAAUUUUUCAAGCAUGUGGCUUUAACAUUGUGGGAGCAGCUGGGAGAUGGGACACCUCAGCACCACCAGAAGAGCGUGGAACUGUUCUACCAACUACACAACUUGGUUCCUUCUUGCAGCAUCUGUGAGGAUGUUAUAAGCCAGCAGUUAACCCAUAAAGAUAAAGUAAGUUAUUUUCUUAAAUGCUAUUAUAGCAAACAGUUUACUCCAGUAAACCAAGUGCAACUGAUUGCAUCCAGAGGAAAUGGUGAAAAGCCACUUACCAUGGAGGAAAUAGAGAACUUCAGUCUUACAGUUAAUCCAUUAAGUGACAGACUUUCUCUUCUAAGUACCAGCAGUGAGACAAUUCCAAUGGUUGUAUCUGAUUUUGAUCUUCCAGAUCAACAGAUAGAAAUACUUCAGAGUUCUGACUCUGGAUGUUCACAUUCCUCUGCUGGGGAUAAUUUGAGUUAUGAAGUGGAUGCAGAAAAUGUACAUAUCCAAGAGGAAUCUCAGCCACCAAAGGCAAGCUCUCCAGAUGAUGAUGUUCAACAGGUAGUGUUUGACCUAAUAUGUGAAGUCAUAAGUGGCCUUGAAGCAGAAUCUGCAUCUGACGCGUCUCGAUUAGAAAACGAAGUUCUAACACCAAAGUGCAGUGGUUUAGAUACGGAGGAGGAGGUAAUGGAAAAUGAAGAUCAGUCCACUGAGCAGUGUCAGAGUGAUAUGGUGGAUAAGGAUAGUGCCCGGUUUCUUUCUGUGUCUGUGGAAGAAGGCCCUGAGUGUAUGGCAAAUGUGAUCUCCAGAAAUAGCUCCUCACCGUGCAUUUCUGGAACUGCACUGACACUUCAGGAGCCUUCUGGUGCUUCCACAGAAACAAGAUCUAGACAGAGGAGUCACAGCAGCAUUCAGUUCAGCUUCAAAGAAAAAUUACCAGAAAAGAUCUCUGAGAAAGAAACAAUUGUUAAAGAGUCCGGUAAGCAACCAGGAGCAAAACCCAAAGUGAAACUUGCCAGAAAGAAGGAUGACGACAAGAAAAGAAUUUCAAAUGAAAAGCUCAAACAGUCCAGUGUAUUCUUUAGUGAUGGUCUGGACUUAGAGAACUGGUAUAGCUGUGGAGAGGGAGAAAUCUCUGAAAUCGAGAGUGACAUGGGUUCUCCAGGAUCACGGAAAUCUCCCAACUUCAACAUUCAUCCUCUCUAUCAACAUGUGCUCCUGUAUCUCCAGUUGUAUGAUUCAUCAAGGACUCUGUAUGCUUUCUCUGCUAUCAAAGCCAUUUUGAAAACUAAUCCCAUCGCCUUUGUAAAUGCCAUUUCAACUACUAGUGUAAAUAAUGCGUAUACUCCGCAGUUGUCUCUGCUUCAAAAUUUAUUGGCCAGACAUCGCAUUUCUGUUAUGGGCAAAGACUUUUACAGUCACAUUCCAGUAGACUCUAAUCAUAACUUCCGCAGUUCUAUGUACAUAGAAAUCCUUAUUUCUCUCUGCUUGUAUUACAUGCGUAGUCAUUACCCAACUCAUGUUAAGGUCACUACACAAGAUUUAAUAGGCAAUCGAAACAUGCAGAUGAUGAGCAUAGAGAUUUUGACACUCCUAUUUACUGAGCUGGCAAAAGUAAUUGAAAGCUCAGCUAAGGGUUUCCCUAGUUUUAUUACUGACAUGUUAUCUAAAUGUAAAGUUCAGAAAGUAAUUCUUCACUGUUUACUGUCAUCUAUCUUUAGUGCACAGAAAUGGCACAGUGAAAAAAUGGCAGGUAAGAACCUAGUUGCCGUGGAAGAAGGUUUCUCAGAGGACAGUCUUAUCAAUUUCUCAGAGGAUGAAUUUGACAAUGGUAGCACACUCCAGUCACAGCUCUUGAAGGUGCUCCAAAGGCUGAUUGUUCUUGAACACAGGGUAAUGACUAUCCCUGAAGAGAAUGAAAGUGGUUUUGAUUUUGUCAUGUCUGACCUGGAGCACAUCAAUCCUCAUCAGCCCAUGACUUCUCUUCAGUAUCUGCACGCUCAGCCGAUCACGUGUCAAGGCAUGUUCCUCUGUGCCGUGAUAAGAGCACUCCAUCAACACUGUGCUUGUAAAAUGCACCCACAGUGGAUUGCUUUAAUCACGUCUACCCUGCCUUACAUGGGAAAAGUUCUACAGAGAGUGGUGGUUUCGGUGACACUACAGCUUUGCAAAAAUUUGGAUAAUCUAAUUCAGCAGUACAAAUACGAAACCUCUUUGUCUGAUAGUAGGCCUCUCUGGAUGGCAUCAGUGAUCCCACCAGAUAUGAUUCUUACUCUUUUGGAAGGCAUCACAGCUAUUAUCCAUUAUUGUUUGUUGGAUCCAACUACCCAGUAUCACCAACUCUUGGUCAAUGUAGAUCAAAAACACUUAUUUGAAGCACGGAGUGGAAUUCUCUCAAUCCUUCAUAUGAUCCUGUCCUCUGUGACAUUGCUUUGGAGUAUCCUGCAUCAGGCUGAUUCUUCAGAAAAGAUGGCUGUGGCUGCGUCUGCAUCUGUUACUACUAUUAAUCUGGGAGCCACAAAGAAUUUGAGACAGCAGAUACUUAAAUUAUUGGGUCCCAUCUCAAUGAAUCAUGGUGUUCACUUUAUGGCUGCUAUUGCAUUUGUGUGGAAUGAAAGGAGACAGAAUAAAACUACAACUAGGACAAAGGUCAUUCCCACAGCCAGUGAGGAGCAGCUUUUACUGGUGGAACUGGUUCGUUCAAUCAGUGUCAUGAGAGCAGAAACUGUAAUCCAGACUGUGAAAGAAGUUUUAAAGCAGCCCCCAGCCAUAGCAAAGGACAAGAAACAUCUUUCUUUGGAAGUCUGCAUGCUUCAGUUUUUCUAUGCUUAUAUUCAAAGAAUUCCAGUGCCCAACUUAGUGGAUAGCUGGGCAUCACUGUUGAUACUUCUGAAAGACUCCAUCCAACUGAAUCUUCCAGCUCCAGGACAGUUUCUUAUAUUGGGGGUUCUAAAUGAGUUUAUUAUGAAAAACCCCACUUUAGAAAAUAAAAAAGACCAACGAGAUCUCCAGGACAUAACACACAAAAUAGUGGACGCAAUUGGUGCAAUUGCUGGUUCCUCUUUGGAACAAACAACAUGGCUGCGGCGGAAUCUUGAAGUUAAACCUUCUCCAAAAAUAAUGGUGGAUGGAACCAACUUGGAAUCUGAUGUUGAAGAUAUGCUGUCCCCUGCAAUGGAGACCUCCAGCAUUACUCCAUCUGUAUAUAGUGUUCAUGCCCUGACGCUACUCUCUGAGGUUUUGGCUCAUCUGUUAGACAUGGUGUUCUACAGUGAUGAAAAGGAGCGAGUCAUUCCAUUGCUUGUAAACAUCAUGCAUUAUGUUGUGCCCUACCUCCGAAACCACAGUGCACAUAAUGCGCCUAGUUACCGCGCCUGUGUCCAGCUGCUUAGCAGUCUUAGUGGCUAUCAGUACACACGAAGAGCCUGGAAAAAAGAAGCUUUUGAUCUCUUUAUGGAUCCCAAUUUCUUCCAAAUGGAUGCCUCCUGUGUCAACCACUGGAGAGCAAUUAUGGAUAAUUUGAUGACACAUGAUAAGACAACAUUUAGAGAUUUGAUGACUCGUGUAGCAGUAGCACAAAGCAGUUCACUCAAUCUCUUUGCAAACCGGGAUGUAGAGCUGGAACAGAGAGCCAUGCUUCUAAAAAGAUUAGCAUUUGCUAUUUUUAGCAGUGAAAUUGACCAGUACCAGAAAUAUCUUCCAGAUAUACAAGAGAGAUUGGUUGAAAGUCUUCGUUUGCCCCAGGUGCCAACUCUUCAUUCUCAAGUAUUCCUGUUUUUUAGAGUGUUACUUUUAAGAAUGUCUCCACAACAUCUUACCUCACUCUGGCCUACCAUGAUUACAGAACUUGUACAAGUAUUUUUACUAAUGGAACAGGAACUCACUGCUGAUGAAGAUAUUUCACGGACAUCAGGCCCGUCUGUAGCUGGUCUGGAGACAACCUACACAGGAGGUAAUGGCUUCUCUACUUCCUACAACAGCCAGCGGUGGUUAAACCUCUAUCUUUCUGCUUGCAAAUUUUUGGAUUUGGCUCUGGCUUUGCCUUCUGAAAAUCUUCCUCAGUUUCAAAUGUACCGAUGGGCCUUUAUUCCGGAAGCCUCCGAUGAUUCAGGUUUGGAAGUCAGAAGGCAAGGCAUACAUCAACGAGAAUUUAAACCUUAUGUAGUACGACUAGCAAAACUUCUUCGGAAAAGGGCAAAGAAAACCCCAGAGGAAGACAGCUCAGGGCGGACGUUGGGUUGGGAGCCGGGGCGCCUGCUGCUCACCGUCUGUACUGUACGGAGUAUUGAGCAGCUCCUGCCGUUUUUCAAUGUCCUCAGCCAGGUCUUUAACAGCAAGGUCACAAGCCGAAGUGCAGGCCACUCAGGGAGCCCCGUCCUCUACUCAAACAUCUUUCCUAAUAAGGACAUCAAACUGGAGAACCACAAACCAUUUUCCAGCAAAGCCAGGCAAAAAAUAGAAGAAAUGGUAGAGAAAGAUUUUCUGGAAGGGGUGAUAAAAACUUGAGCACCACAAGUGACUCCAUUUAGUUUAAAUGUGUAAAUUAUUUAAAAAAAGAAAAACAAACAAACCACUGCUCUGAGUUGUAUAGUUUUUGGGUUUUGUACGUAAGAAAACACAUUUCAGGUUGUAUUUAAUUUAAAUAUUUGUAAAUAAGAACAAAUGUCUGAAUGUGCCCUGAAUCAAGUUUAAAUAUUGUUGGCUCAUAUUGAUUAUGGUGCCUAAGAGAGAUCUAUCUAUAUCUAUAUAUAUAUAUACAUAGUCCAUUGUUUUAUUGUCUUGUCGUAAAUUACAAAAUAUACACUGCACACUUUUUU